AUGCCUACAAGGACAUGUCAUCUGUACCCAGGUAGCAAGUUCCAGGGCAUGCAAAAGUCUGGAAGCCACGGUUACGAAGUCAUGGUCGACAUCAAGGACGUGAACCUAAACGAUUCGACAUUAUGCGGCUACCUUCACAUCAAGGGACUGACAGAAGAAUACCCAGAACUGACAACGUUCUUUGACGCCGAGAUCGUUGGAAUGGAAUACUCUUUUUUGACACAAAAAUGGGACGCAAGCGAAGUGACAGAUGAGGAGCAUUGGAAAAAGUUCAAGCCCUUUGAGAAUGUCAACCACCUAAGCGGGCUUGAGGAUGCAAAGUGCGACUUUCGCAAGGUGGAUGUGGUCUUCAUGAGGUGGAAGGAACAUUUCCUGGUACCUGACCAUCAUGUCGAGGGUAUCACUGGCGCAAGUUUCGCCGGGUUUUAUUACAUUUGUUAUCACAAGCAGACUGGCCGGAUCAAUGGGUACUACUAUCACCAAUCGAGUGAAAAAUUCCAGGAAUUGAGUCUUGACCAUGUGGCGGAACGCUCCUCAUUUGGAUCAUACGAGUUCCGAUGA